UUAAAAUCAAAAUAUGGUUUUUAUUCAUUUUUUACCUGAUGUAUAAAUUGUCCAUAGUAACGUUUUAUAUACCUGCUCUUUUGCUACAAGGUAAUGGAAUCUACAGCAUAAGCCAUUCAUCGGUAAAACAACGGGGGGAGAGAUCUCUGACGUGUGAAAUCGAGGGUGUCCCCAGUCCCAGAUAGGAGCAUCCCUCUACCUCUGUCACGCCACGUUCGAGGCGACCCCCAACACCACUGCAGUCUGAGCGCCAGGCAUAUUUUUGAGCUUCUCAGUGUGGCCUAGAACAGCUCUGGAUGACCCCAUCCCAAACACACUCCAAACGAGGUGCCAUACAGAUCUGCCUCGCGAGCACAGCGCUGCGACCGUCAACUUUAUGGUUACACCAACUGAAUAAGCUGGAGGCGUUUGAUAGCGGUGUGGUUUUCUUCAGCAGUGAGAAAUGUAUUUUUGAUUUCCUUUCUAUUUUCUUGUGAUGGGAUGAUUUCAUAAACGGUCAAACAUGGGUGAUUUAGCAGCUACAGAAACGUCGUUUCUGCAUUGUUUGAAUGAUAUAAUCCCCCUAAGCGAAAAUGAAUACAUAUAUAGUGAAAUGUCAUUUCCUCAGUGUUCAAACAAUAUUAGCGAAUUGAAUGACGAAGAACUAGAUGUAAACGACCAUUCCUCCCCCUCGGAAACAAACUCAUGCUAUCCACCAACAUUAGAUAGCGCACUGGAGGUAGUUUUAGACAGCCAGCAAAACUAUGAAGCAGACCUUGUGGUUUUAAAUCAGCACGCAGACAAAGUACCUCUGUCUUCAGUUCUAACUCCUCCUAACGAUGAAGCAGACGUUAUAUAUGAUUCAACAGAUAGAGAAACGUCAUUUAAUCAAUGUUUGAAUAAUAUAAGUGGCCUAAGCGAUGAUGAUUAUACGUAUGAUGAAAUGUCAUUUCCUCAGUGUUCAGACAAUAUUAACGAUCUAAGUUAUGACGAGCUAGUUGUAAACGAACCUACCAACCCCUCAGAAACAAACUCUAGCUAUCCAAUAACAUUUGAUGGCAUUCUGGAAUGGGUGUUAGAUUGCUACCAAAACUCUGACGCAUAUCCUGGUCUGGUGCAUUUAAAUCAGCUCGCAGACGAAGUCCGUGUGUCAAAUAAUGUUAGCGAGGCCCCCGUUAAUGCUGAAUCAGCAGCUUCCUCUGUGGAAGAUGGCGGGUACAUUGACGACAGUAUGGAUGUUUCAGAAGCAUCAGUUUCCUCUGUGCAAACCGGUGGAUACAUUAUCGACGAUGACAGUAUGGAUGCUUCAGAAGCAGCAGUGUCCCCCGUGCAAAACGGUGUACACAAUGAUCAAAACAGCAUCCCGAAUGCUCCCGAGGUAGCAGGCCCGUCGUUACAAAAUGGUGGAAAUGCUAAUGACAGUCGGAAUGCUUCAACACGUGUUGUGUCUCGACCUGUAUUCAAUAACAUAGAACUGAGUCAGUCUUUAGUCCUACCCCGUCCUAGCGCCGAGGCAGAUUACACAUCGUAUCACGUUAGUAUGAUGGCCAGUGUACAUGAGAUGCUGGAUGAGGCUUUUUUACUAACAAAUAGGGAAGAUCUUGUACAGAUUGAGUUAAGGGGGGAGCAACUGCAAGGUAACGUGUCAGCCAUUUUGAAUGCCAACCACGACAGUAAUCUGAAUGAUUUUGAUGAAGCGCUCUUCAACGCAGUGCAGUCAAAUUGGGCUGUAAUGGCAGAUAGCGAUCUUGAAUUAGUGGUGCAAAUUGUUCAAUCCCCUCGGGGUGGUGGGGAGAAACGAUUGGCUGGUAAAAUGUUGGACAAUGAAAUUGUUAAAAAGAAGAAGCGUUUUCUUUACAUUGUUCACAACCCCGUCAACCAGCUGUGUUUUGCUAUUAAUUUAGCACUGUUGCUGCAUGACAACCUCACUGAUAACGAAGGUUUUGAACGCGGUAGAGAGAUUCAGAGGGGGGUGGGUUUGACAGACCAGACAGCGGUGACAUUCACUGACAUUGAGAAAUUCGAAGAGAGUUUAAAAUGCAAGAUUGUGGUUUUUUACAGAGGCGAUGGAGAUCGGACCCUCUGUAAAUUCCAGACAGACGGUCCCAAAAGAGAUAAAACUGUGUUUUUAUUUCUCCUCGAAAACCAUUACUAUGGGAUUAAGAACUUGAAGGGUUUUCUAGGCGCCUCCUUUGUCUGUGAACACUGCUACACCGGCUACAACUCACGAUGGUUUCAUUCAUGUAAAGGCCAUUGUUUUGUCUGUCUUGACCCCUCAUGUACUCUGGAUGAGUUUAAACCCAUCUUUUGUAAAGACUGUAACAAAACUUGCCGUACGGUCGGCUGUCAUGCUCGACAUAAAAAACAGACACAGAGAGCAUCAGCCAUUGCCAGUAACUGCGAUUUACACAAAAAGUGUGUAGAUUGUCAACUUUCUUACUACAUUCCCAAGAGUAGUGCAGAUAAAACACACAAGUGUAUGGUGAAAAAAUGUAAGAUAUGUAACGAAAAGCUGCCCUCUGCUUCAACAGGCGAGUGUGUAGAACAUCUGUGUUACAUUGGUGUGUUACCCCAAGAGACAGAGCACAACGACCACAUCGUGUUUUAUGAUUUUGAAACAAUGGCGGGGGCAGACGGUGUACAUGUCCCCUUCCUGGUGUGUACAAAAACCCUGGCAGGCGAAACUUGGGUCGCUGAGGGCACCGACUGUGCACUGCAGUUUCUGGCCCACUUUAGACUCCCUAAAUUCAAGAAUGCAAACUUCAUUGCUCACAAUGCCAAGGGUUUUGACAGCUAUCUCAUUAUCAAUGCAAUGAUUGAACAAGGGUUAAAACCAUCUUUGGUAAUGCAGGGAAGCCUCUACCCGCUAGGCCACCCUCAGAUCAUCUUCCGAGAUUUCAAAGAUCCUCAGAGUUAUUUCGGGUUAAUCAGAGCUACCGUAGAACCUCCCAGGGGUCUUUACUUUCCAGUUCUGCCUUACAAAACUGCAGCGGGUAAACUUGUGUUCACCCUCUGUCGUACAUGCGCUGAGCUUAACAACCAACAGGGGCCCUGCACGCACAGCAAAGAGGAAAGAGCAUUAACAGGAGUAUGGGUGACAACAGAAUUCAACAAGGCUCUGGACAUGGGUUACAAGCUGACUCAGAUCACAGAGGUGUGGCAUUUUGAGAACAAAAGUGACAGCAUUUUUGUAGAUUAUAUACACACAUUCUUGAAGGGUAAACAAGAAGCAUCUGGUUAUCCUUCAGAAGCAACAGAUGAUGAGAGCAGACAAAAGUAUGUGACAGACUACCAUGCUAAUCAAGGCAUACAGCUCGACGCAGCUAAAAUCACAUCAAACCCAGCCAAAAGACAAGUGUCAAAGCUAUGUCUCAACAGUUUCUGGGGUAAAUUUGCUCAGAGAAGCAAUCUGACACAGACUAAGAUUGUGACCAAACCAGAAGAAUUUCUUAACCUCUUGUUUUCAGCUAAACAUAAGGUUAAGUAUUUCUCAUUCACCAAUGACAGGACAGCUCUGGUCCAAUGGUGUUAUGACGACGAUGGUCACUCCCCUCCCAACAAGGUGGAUAACAUAUUCAUUGCAGCAUUCACCACGGCCUAUGCCAGGCUAAAACUGUACAGCGAAUUGGAGAAAUUGCAGCACAGAGUCUUCUACUACGACACAGAUAGUAUCAUAUAUGUAACAAGACCUGGAGAGACUCCACUUCCGAUGGGGGUUUAUCUGGGGGAUCUUACAGACGAGCUGGGCGGUGAUACAAUCAAAGAGUUUGUUUCUGCAGGUCCUAAAAGUUAUGCAUACCAAACCAAAAAUCAGAAAAAGGUUGUAAUGCGAGUGAAAGGGAUUACACAGACGCAUGAGUGCUGUGAACGGGUGAACUUUGACAGUCUUACAGAGCUGGUGGAAGGCUACGUUCAAAACACUGAGAGGGGGCGGGUUCUCGAGGUCCCACAACACAACAUUGUACGAAAUAAAGAGGGUUUCGUUUUGAGAAAUGUGUCAUUCACCAAAAAGUUCAGAGUGGUGUUUGAUAAAAGACGUCUGUUAGACGGAGGAGAUACUUUGCCUUUUGGGUAUUGA